AUGUCAAGUGUUUCAAAAGUUCUUUGUCUCCCAGGAUACUUACAAAGCGGGAGCACGCUUGCAAGAAAGUCUUCAGGAUUGCGAAAAAUCCUCUCAAAGAAGCUAAAUAUACAACUAGAUUAUAUUACACCGUGCCACGAGAUCAAAUCGAGACACGAGUUGAGUUUUCCACUCGGCCCUACAGAUGAAGAGAGUGACAGAGUAUGGAGCCAAAUUGUUGAUAAUGGGAGCAAUGCUAGAUGGUUUGAUGCGCAAAGUGCAAACAAUUAUAUUGGUUUAGAUGAGUCGAUACGGUUUGUAAUUGAUCACAUUGAAAAAAAUGGGCCGUACGACGGCAUCAUUGGAUUUUCCCAAGGUGCUGCUAUGGCAAUUAUGAUCACUAAUGCCUUGCAGAAGAUGUUGCCGUCUCAUCCACCUUUUAAGAUAAGCAUGGCCGUUUCUGGUUUUUGUUUAACUGUUCCUAGGAGUGGUGAUUACAGUGAUGAGAAUAAACAACGGAUUUUGCAAAUCACUGAUGCUAAUCAGUACGCUUCGGAAGUUGAGAUAUCUGAAAGAGCUGCUGAAUAUUUAUGUGACGCUGGCGGAAAGAGUACAGGAUUGUCCCUACCAACGGAAGUGAUUCUUCUCUAUGGAAAGAAUGACAGUAUUGUACCACCAAUUAGAUCUGAAUACGUGAGUACCUUGUACGACGCAAAGCAAGUACGAACUUUUGUUCAUGAAGGAGGACACUUGUUUCCAAACGAUAAAAAGAUUGUUCAGCCAAUAUCAGAGCUAUUCGAUAAGAAGAUAAACGGCAAGUUGUAG